AUGAUACAAUGCGGUGAAGAUGAGAAAUAUAAACAAAUCAAGACUGAAUACGAUAAGUUAAAAGAUGCUAAAACAAUGGGACCCACCAAAAAAUAUCUAGAGAAGCUGUUGAUAUUUCCUGAUGUUACAAGGGGCAGUGGUAAAGUGAAAAUUGAGACGAUGCACAUAGAUAAUUAUUGUGAUUGUACACACAGUGAACAACUUACAUUUGAUGAUGCAUAUACAAUGAGAGAUGAGAUACACAGCAUUAUUGUUAAUUUAGUGACAAAAUGCAACCCAGGUGAAAAAGGGCUGAAAAAGAACAUUAUUAACUUCUACAAAAAUGACAAGGUGACUGAAGAUGAUUUAAAGGCAACGAUAAAAGAACUAAAAGAGCAAGCAGAAAUAUCAAAAGCGGGGGAAUAUUUCUUGGAUUAUUUACUGUAUGAAGAAACAAUAAAGAUAACAACCAAAAUUGGAAGUGACUGCAAGUUAAAAGCUGAAGAAAGGUUAGAAAAACUGAAAAAGCAUGUCCAGAAACUACCAUAUGCUUCACAUUUUACAUGCGGAGAAGGUAUGGAUGUUACCACUGCUUACACAUAUUUUGUAUUUACAAUCGGAAAUGAACAGAUGAAGUCUGAAAUAAUUAAGGUAACAAGAAAAAAGAAUGAAGAACAAAUAAUACAAGACCUGGAAGAAUAUGUGGUAGAAAUACCCAAAGAAAUAACAGAGGUAAGGAAAGAAAAAGAAAGAAAAGAAGAAGCAAGAAAGCAAAAGAAGGCGAAGAAAGAAGAAGAAAGAAAGCAAAAGAAAGCAAAGAAAGAAGAAGAAAGAAAGCAAAAGAAAGCAAAGAAAGAAAAAGCAAAUGUGGAAGAAUCAAAGCAGGACACCACAAAGCAAGUCACAGUAAAAAAAGAGGAACCAAAGAAAACCAAAACAAUACUGAUCGUUGUAUCUGUUAUUGUGGGAAUUGUAAUAAUAUCGAUAGUGGCAGUAAUAUUGAUAAGGAAAAAGAAAGGGAGAAUCACAAAAAUGGUAGGGAAUAGUGAAUAA